AUGUAAGGUAAUCAAGGUUCUCAGAAAAAAGAUAUCGAAAUUGGUUCCUGUCCGUUUUCAGAUGCAAUGAAACUACCCAAAGGUCAUGAGAAAUAUACAGACAAAUCAAAAUGUCCAUUCUAACAAAUGUAGUAGCAACCUGAAAUCAAAAUAACUGAUGGCAGUACUGAAAAGAAGAAAGAAAAGAAAGAAAAGCAACCUAAAGGCGGAUGUCCUUUUAUGUCAAGUGAAAAAAAAAGAAAUCCCCCUCUUGCUCAUCUUGAAGAAUAAUACGACACUUAUUACAUUAGUCCACUCAAUUAUCUUCUAGAUACAAGAGGAUUAUGGAUGCUUGCUUUCGAUUCCAAAGAAGUUAAAAAAGGUCCAAUCAAAGACAGAAGAAAAACAUUCGACUCUUAUCCUAUUUAUUUGAAAAGUACUUUAUUCCAUGAUGAUGAAAAUACAAAAAAACUAAGAUAAUGCGAAGUGGCUCAAAGAUUCUUUGUUUAUGACAAGUUCAGAGAGAAGGGUAAUUCAAUUAUUAACAAAGGCAACAAAUUACUAUUAAAAUAAGACUAUGAAGAGGCUAUUCGAUACUAUGAAAGAGCACUCGGUUGUUUUAGAUACUUGGAAGUAGUUGAACCACCUGAAGACGACAGUGAGGAAGAAGAGACGGCAUAAGAUAUAACGAAUUUAACUGAAAAACAAAAGAAGGAACUCGAUGACAUGAAAAAAUCUGCUAAACAAUACAGGAAGGAACAGAAAGAUUUCAAAAAACAAUAUAAAUCCUUAAUGACCAUUUAUACAGAUGAAAAUGUUAAAUACAGAGGUGUUGAGCAUAUUGAAGAUGAAGCUGAUAAAGAUAUGUGCAAUUCUAUUAUGUAUGGUCUAUACUUGAAUAUGUCAGUCUGUUAUAUGAAAAUGUCUCACUUUGAUUUAGCUAGGAAGAUCUUAGAUGAUGCUGGUUAAAUCCAAAAAGAGAAUUCUUAAUAUCUAUUUAGGUAUUCUCAGGCAAUUCUUUACGAUAAAUGGUCUACCUACUCAGAUUUAAUUAAAGCAAAGGAAUUAAUCGAAAAAGCUAUUACUUUAUCUAAUGUUGAAAACAUCUUCAAAUAAGGUCCAGGAAUACUUAAAUUAAUGGGUUUGGAAAACGCCAAAGAAAUUUACGUUGAACAUGCCCAUAAAGUUAUGGAAGCAAUAAAAUAGAAGAGACAAUGGGUCAUCGAUUUAAUAGAGCCUUUAUUUUAGAGAACCAAAGAAAUUGAUGAAAUUGAAUAAGAAAUGAUUGAAGAUGGAAAAGUACCAUAUGAAGAAGGCGUAACAGAUGUUGUAGAUCCAGAAGACAUGGUUUAACAAUAGUGUGAAACGCAAAAAUAAUUCUUAUACAGAAUGUGCAUGCCACAAUUAACCCAAGCACAUUAGGAAUAUGAAAUCGUUAAAGAAAUGGUUAACAAAUAUUACAGAAUCAUUGAAUUCUAUGCAGAAUAAAAGAAAUAUGAUUAAGUCAAGAUUGCUAAGGCAGAACUCUAAAGAUUAUUAGAAACUGUCUAAGCUAUGUCAUUCUUUAUGAAUUUAGAUUUCAUUGAUUAUGACAAUGACGAAUAACUCAAAGAAUUAACCUUAAAAUAUCAAAUCAAUUUUACAGAUAAGAAAUACAUUCGAAGACUCAUUCGUCUAUGCAGAGAGCAAGUUAAUGAACUCUUCGGUUAAGGCAAAUUUAACUUUGAAGUUUUUGAAUAUGCAAUGAAUGACUACUUUAAAAAGAAAAGAGAACAGUAAGAAAAAGAAAAAGAAGAAUAUUUAAAACAACAUCCUGAACCAGUAAAACCAAAUUAAUAAUCUUCAUUCUUAAAGAAAACUCUAUUCUCAUCUGAAUUCUGGAUGCAAAUGUUUGUCUUAUUAUUAGUUAUGGCUGGAAUGUACUACUUUAAUAGUAAUACAGGUUUCAUUGGCAAGCUUUUUUCCCUCAAAAAAUGACAGAAUACUCAAAAUUGAAAAAAAGAUCCCAUUAUAUUUUUAUUUUCAUAAAAAUAUAUACAAAUUCAUUAAUACAU